AGGCUUUAAAAUUUUUGGUGCAUUUUAUUGGUGAUUUACAUCAACCUUUACAUCGUGGAAAUGGUUUAUCAAUAAAAUUUGAAGGACAUCGUACAAGCCUGCAUGCUGUCUGGGAUACAAGAAUAAUUUAUAAACGUAUAAGAGAACUUCAUAGCGAUUCUCUUUCUUUAUUUAUUAAAACAUGGGAAGAGCCUGAUGAUCCAUUUGAUGAAGAGUAUCAUAAUACUAAUUUAAAAUUAUUUACUACAGAAUUUUAUGGUCCAUAUGUAGAUCAUAUAAUAAAGUUAAUGAAAACUGAUUGGAAGAACGAAGUCAAGAACUGGGUUAUUUGUAGAAAUGGUACUAACAAUGGUGAUGUUGCUUGUCCAGAAUAUUGGGCAAUAUCAUUGGAAUCUUUAAAUUGUAAAUUUAUAUGGAAAGAUUUUGAUCAAGAAAUGGAUUUAAGUGAUGGUGAAUAUUAUAAAACAAUUGAUGAAUUAAAUAUUAUUGAAAAAUUAUUAGCAAUUGCUGGGGUAAGAAUGGCUGCAAUAUUGAACACUUUGUUCAUGUGA